CCUCUCCAGCGGUGCCGCGGCGGGUAAGGGGAGCGGCGGUGGCUGGGCAGAGAGGAGGCAGAGCGCGGGGGGCGAGCCGGGGAGCACCGCGCUCUCCCUCCCAAACUUUGAUGAUGACCAUGACUACGAUGGCUGACGGGCUGGACGCGCAAGACUCCUCCAAAUCCGCCUUCAUGGAGUUCGGGCAACAGCAGCCGCCGCCGCCGCAGCCGCCGCCGCCGCCCCACUCCCAGCAGAGCUCGCCGGCGAUGGCUGGAGCCCAUUACCCGCUGCACUGCCUGCACUCCGCCGCCGGCUCGCACCCGCACCACCAGCAUCACCACCACAGCUCGCCCUACUCCGGCAGCGCCGGCUCCUACAACCACCGCUCGCUGGCCGCCUACCCCUACGUGAGCCACUCGCAGCACAGCCCUUACCUCCAGUCCUACCACAACAGCAGCGCGGCCAGCCAGACGCGGGCGGACGACGCAGAUCAGCAAAAAACCACAGUGAUUGAAAACGGUGAAAUCAGAUUUAAUGGAAAAGGGAAAAAGAUUCGGAAGCCUCGAACCAUUUACUCUAGUCUACAACUCCAGGCUUUAAAUCAUCGCUUUCAGCAGACUCAGUACCUGGCACUUCCAGAGAGAGCUGAACUGGCAGCUUCAUUAGGACUUACCCAGACACAGGUGAAGAUCUGGUUUCAGAACAAGCGCUCCAAAUUCAAGAAGCUGCUCAAGCAGGGCAGUAACCCCCAUGAGAGCGACCCUCUGCCCGGCUCCGCUGCCCUCUCCCCUCGCUCUCCAGCUCUGCCUCCAGUCUGGGACGUUUCAGCCUCUGCCAAGGGAGUCAAUAUGCCUCCAAACAGCUACAUGCCUGGCUAUUCUCACUGGUAUUCUUCUCCACAUCAAGACACAAUGCAGAGACCACAAAUGAUGUGAAUUGUCCAAGAGAAAUAAUCUCCCAAGAACGCCUCGUCUCGACAUGGCAAGAAGUUCCCCUGCUUUGCCAAGCCGUGCCAGCUAACAGGCUCUGUGUGAACUUGUAGAUGCGGCAA